AUGCAAGCAGCCUUGGCAGCCAUGGCAGCCCACACUUUGAUGCUCUCAACCUACUCAUCUCCCACUCUCUUCUCCCAAAUUCAAAGCCCUAACUCUCACCCACUUCCUCACUCCUCCUUCCAUGGCCUCUCUGUUAAGCUCCCACUCAAAUCCCAAUUCCAAUCCAUGUCUCUCGCCGCAGCCCAUAAGCCUCUCACUGUGGUUGCCGCCACCAAGAAAGCCGUCGCUGUCCUCAAGGGCAAUUCCAGUGUCGAAGGGGUCGUCACCUUAAGCCAAGAAGACGAUGGGCCUACAACUGUGAAUGUUCGUAUUACUGGACUUACUCCUGGGCCUCAUGGGUUCCACUUACAUGAGUACGGUGACACAACAAAUGGAUGCAUAUCCACAGGACCGCAUUUCAAUCCUAAAAAUUUGACACAUGGUGCUCCUGAGGAUGAAAUCCGUCAUGCGGGUGACCUGGGAAACAUAGUUGCUAAUGCCGAUGGGGUGGCAGAGGCAACAAUCGUGGAUAACCAGAUUCCAUUAACUGGUCCUAAUACUGUAAUUGGAAGAGCACUUGUCGUUCAUGAGCUUGAGGAUGACCUUGGAAAGGGUGGACACGAGCUUAGUCUAAGCACUGGCAAUGCAGGUGGAAGAUUGGCAUGUGGUGCUCGAUUUAGCGAAAUAAAAGUAAUUUGA